CUGAAGCCACACGCCUUGCCCUUACUUCUCUCUCUCUCCGGUUCUACUUUAUUCCCGAGCAGGACCUGUGUAUGUGUGCUUUGAAUGUGCGGCUCCACUGGGCUAGAACGGUGCGAUGAUAAAAGACGCCUCUGCGGUAGGCUACACACCUAUCAGAGAGCAAAAUAGCCAAGAAACACCCUCAGGACGCUCCCCCGCACACCUUUAACCGUUCCUAGCGCAACCUGAAGUGCCAGCAGUAUCAUGUCCAGGGUCGGCAUGAACGAAGUCACCCGCUACCUCAAGUCGGGGGUGGCUCCAAGUACCCCCGCCCCCAAUACGUCAGUGUUGUCCGCUGCCGGUCAGGCUGACUGGGCAGCCAAGCGUCUAGUGUGGGUGCCGUCAGAGAAGCAUGGCUUUGAGGCGGCCAGCAUCAAGGAGGAGCGUGGCGACGCUGUGGAAGUGGAGCUUAGCGACAGCCAGAGACUGAUGACGCUGUCCAGAGAGGAGGUGCAACGGAUGAACCCACCACGCUUCAGCAAAGUGGAGGACAUGGCCGACCUCACCUGCCUCAAUGAAGCAUCUGUGCUGCACAACCUGAGGGAAAGAUACUACUCAGGCUUGAUUUAUACAUAUUCCGGCCUUUUCUGCGUGGUGGUUAACCCCUACAAGAACCUUCCCAUCUACACCGAGAACAUUGUGGAAAUGUAUCGGGGCAAAAAGCGGCAUGAGAUGCCGCCUCACAUUUACGCCAUAUCUGAAGCGGCCUAUCGCAGCAUGCUGCAAGAUCGAGAAGAUCAGUCAAUCCUGUGCACGGGCGAGUCUGGCGCAGGCAAAACAGAAAACACGAAGAAAGUCAUUCAGUAUCUGGCUCACGUCGCUUCUUCUCACAAGGGCGCUACCCCGAACAGGACCAAAGAAGCUUUACAGAUGGAUGGCAAUCGCUCCUUAACCAGGGGCACCACUUUGGUGAACAAGGGGGAGCUGGAGAAACAAUUGCUGCAAGCCAACCCCAUACUGGAGGCCUUUGGCAAUGCAAAAACUACUAAGAAUGAUAAUUCUUCAAGAUUUGGUAAAUUCAUCCGCAUUAAUUUUGAUGUUACGGGAUACAUCGUUGGUGCCAAUAUCGAGACCUACCUCCUGGAAAAGUCCCGGGCCACCCGGCAGGCCAAAGAUGAGAGAACAUUCCACAUCUUUUACCAAAUGUUGCAUGGAGCUCCUGAGGCAACUAAAUCUGACCUGCUCUUAGGAACUGCCGACGAGUACCGCUUUCUCAGUGGCGGGUCCAUAACUGUUCCCGGUCAGAGCGAUUCAGAGAACUUCACCCAGACUAUGGACUCCAUGGCCAUAAUGGGUUUCACCACAGAUGAGUGCACGUCCAUGCUGAAGGUGAUAUCCGCCGUGCUCCAGUUCGGAAACAUUUCUUUCACAAAAGAGAAGAACCACGAUCAAGCGUCCAUGCCUGACAACACUGCGGCUCAGAAACUAUGCCACCUGCUGGGCAUGAACGUGCUUGAGUUCACGAGAGCCAUCCUCACUCCAAGGAUUAAAGUGGGCAGGGAGUAUGUGCAGAAGGCCCAAACUAAGGAACAGGCUGACUUCGCCGUGGAAGCUCUGGCCAAGGCCACAUAUGAGCGGCUUUUCAGGUGGCUGGUGCACAGAAUCAACAGAGCUUUGGACCGCAGACAGAGACAGGGAGCCUCCUUUAUUGGUAUCCUGGAUAUUGCUGGUUUUGAGAUCUUCCUGCUCAACUCCUUCGAGCAGCUGUGCAUCAACUACACCAACGAGAAGCUGCAGCAGCUCUUCAACCACACUAUGUUCAUCCUGGAGCAGGAAGAGUACCAACGCGAAGGCAUCGAGUGGAAUUUCAUCGACUUUGGACUUGACUUGCAGCCGUGUAUUGAUCUUAUUGAAAGGCCGGCCCACCCUCCCGGUGUUCUGGCCCUGUUGGACGAAGAGUGCUGGUUCCCUCGAGCUACAGACCAGUCAUUUGUGGAAAAGCUUACCAGUCAGCAAGGAAACCAUCCCAAAUUCUUCAAAUCCAAGCAGCCGCGUGGCGAGGCUGACUUCUCAAUCAUUCACUAUGCCGGCAAGGUUGACUACAAAGCCAAUGAUUGGUUGGUGAAGAACAUGGACCCCCUUAACGACAAUGUGGCGUCUCUUCUCCAUCAGUCAUCUGAUCAUUUUGUUUCCGAGCUCUGGAAGGAAGAUAUUCAAACUCUACCUCGCGCCUACUUCUUUGACAACUAUACCACACUACAGGCAAAUGGCUCCGACAUGGACCGUAUCAUAAGUCUGGACCAAGUGUCAUCAUCUUCCGAGAGCAGCGGACCAGUCACAUUUGGCGCAGCUGGACUAAAGACGAAGAAGGGAAUGUUCAGGACGGUGGGUCAGCUUUACAAAGAGUCUCUCGGCAAGCUGAUGGCCACAUUGAGGAACACCAACCCCAACUUCCUGCGCUGCAUUAUUCCAAACCAUGAGAAGAGAGCUGGCAAGCUAGCACCGCACUUAGUUUUGGACCAACUGAGGUGCAACGGCGUCCUCGAAGGGAUCCGUAUCUGCCGACAAGGCUUCCCUAAUCGCAUCCCCUUCCAGGAGUUCAGACAGAGAUAUGAGAUUCUGACUCCCAAUGCUAUUCCUCGCACCUUCAUGGAUGGAAAACAGGCAUCAGAACUCAUGAUCAAAGCUUUGGAGCUGGAUUCCAAUCUGUACCGGGUGGGUCAAAGCAAAGUGUUCUUCAGAGCCGGCGUGCUGGCUCACCUAGAAGAGGAGCGAGACUUAAAGAUCACAGAUACCAUCAUACGCUUCCAAAGUGCGGCGAGAGGCUUCCUUGCGCGCAAAGCUUUCAUGAAGAAGCAGCAACAGCUGAGUGCUCUGAGAGUGAUGCAGAGGAACUGUCAUGCUUACCUCAUACUCAAAAACUGGCAGUGGUGGCGGCUUUUCACUAAGGUGAAACCCCUACUUCAGGUGACCCGUCAGGAUGAGGAGAUCCAGCUGAGAGAAGCGGAGCUGGUGAAAGCCAAGGAAAAAAUUACCCGAUUGGAGCAGGACUUCACCGACCUGGACAAGAAACACUCUAUGCUGUUAGAGGAGAAAGCAGUGUUGACCGACCAGCUUCAGGCCGAAGCAGAGCUGUUCGCAGAGGCCGAGGAAAUGCGGUCAAGGCUGGCUAGCCGCAAGCAGGAGCUAGAGGACGUCCUGACUGAGGUGGAGAGCCGCUUGGAGGAAGAGGAGGAGAGGGGCAUACAGAUGACCAACGAGAAGAAGAAAAUGCAGCAGACUAUUCAGGACCUGGAGGAACAGCUGGAAGAGGAAGAAGGAGCCAGACAGCGCCUCCUGCUGGAGAAAGUGUCCCUCGAGACCAAAGUCAAAAGUCUGGAGAAUGACAUUCUGACUACAAUCGAGCAGAAAGAUCGCCUCGCCAAGGAAAAGAAGCAGGUGGAGGAGCGUCUGAGUGAAGUGACGGACCAUCUUACCGAAGAAGAGGAAAAAAGCAAAAGUCUCAGCAAACUCAAGAACAAACAGGAGGCCGUCAUCGCUGACUUAGAAGAUCGUCUAAAGCGAGAGGAGCAAGGUCGUAUGGAGCAGGAGAAGUGGAAGAGGAGAAUGGAAGGCGAGGCUUUGGAGGCGCAAGAGCAGCUGUCCGACAUGGGCCUGAUUUCCAACGAGCUGAAAGGGACUCUGAGCCAGAAGGAGAAAGAAAUAACCGCUCUGCAGACUCGCUUAGAGGAGGAGAACGCGAGGCGCUCCGAAGCUCAGAGGUCAAUGAGGGAGGCCUUGUCGCAGGUUUCGGAGCUGAAGGAGGAAGUGGAGAACGAGCGAGGCAUGAGAGAGAGAGCGGAGAAGCAGAGGCGAGAUCUCAGCGAGGAGCUGGAGGCUUUGAGGACUGAGCUGGAGGACACUCUUGACACCACCGCUGCCCAGCAGGAGCUCAGGUCUCGUCGAGAGGCAGAGUUAAAUGACCUGCAGCGUUGCGUAGAAGACGAGACACGUCGCCACGAGGCACAACUGUCGGAGCUCCGAGUCAAGCACAGUGCCACCAUAGACAAUCUUCAGGAGCAGCUGGACAACAGCAAGAGAGCACGUCAGUCCUUAGAGAAGGCCAAGGUUGUCCUGGAAGAAGAGAAAAUUAGUCUAACCUCAGAGCUGAAGACCCUCCAGGCCAGUCGCACAGAGAGCGACAGAGGACGGAAGAGAGCUGAAAGUCAGCUGCAGGAACUCACCGUCCGCCUCGCUCAGGCCGACCAGGAGAGGGAAGAGCGAGAAGAAAGAAUGCAAAAACUGCAGGGAGAAAUUGAGUCUCUCUCCAGCAAUUUGUCAACCUUUGACAGCAAAUCCCUGCGUCUCUCUAAAGAAGUCUCAAGCUUGGAGAGCCAGCUUCAUGAUGCGCAGGACCUACUGCAGGAGGAAACUCGCCAGAAGUUGUCUCUGGCCGCCCGAGUAAGAGCGUUGGAGGAGGAGAAGAAUGGAUUGACGGACAGGUUGGAGGAGGAAGAAGAGAAAUCCAGAGAGAUGACUCGGCAGAUACAGACUCACAAUCAGCAGCUGUCAGAGAUGCGCAAGCAGGUGGAGGAGGUGAACAGCGCUGUGGAGAGCAGCGAAGAGGCCCGCAGGAAGCUUCAGAGAGAGCUGGACGCCACCAUCCAAAGGGAGAAGCAGCGAGAGGAGGAGAAAGAGCGUGUGGAAAGGCAGCGGGAGCGCCUUAGGGAGGAAAUUGAGGACAUGACUCUGGCCCUGCAGCGCGAGAGGCAGAACUGCACUGCUCUGGAGAAGAGGCAGAAAAAGUUCGACCAGUGCGUGGCUGAGGAGAAAGCAGUAAGCACUCGUCUGGCCGAGGAAAAGGACCGUGCAGAAGCUGACAGUCGGGAGAAGGAGACUCGUUAUCUGGCCUUGUCCAGAGCUCUACAGGAAGCCCAAGAACAGAGAGAUGAGCUAGAGAGGUCCAACAAGCAGCUUCGCUUGGAAAUGGAACAACUAGUAAACCAGCAGGAUGACGUUGGCAAGAAUGUCCACGAGCUGGAGAGAACCCGCAGGGCUCUGGAAGCAGAAGCGGAGAGCCUCCGAACUCAGACAAUGGAGCUGGAAGAGGAGCUAACGGAGGCGGAGAACUCCAGGCUGAGGCUGGAGGUCACUCUGCAGGCGCUCAAGGCUCAGUUCGAGAGGGAGCUCAGCAGUAGUGAGGAGAAGGGAGAGGAGAAGAGGAGGGCCCUGAGCAAGCAGGUGCGGGAGCUAGAGAUCCAGCUGGAAGAGGAGCGUACUCAGCGCUCCCAGGCCGUCCUGACCAAAAAGCAACUGGAGGCCGAGCUGCAGGACUCCGAAGCUCAGGUGGAAACAUCCAGCCGCAGCAAGGAGGAGGCUGUCAAGCAUCUGAGAAAGCUCCAGGCUCAACUCAAGGAGGCGCUUCGAGAGCUGGAUGAGGCCAAAAUUACUCGAGAUGAGGUCAUCGCGCAGUCUAAAGACAAUGAUAAGAAAAUUCAAACACUCGAGGCUGAAGUUCUGCAGCUCACUGAGGAGCUGACUGUAUCCGACCGACAGAGAAGACAAGCUCAGCAGGAGAGAGACGAAAUGGCCGACGACAUGGUCAACAACAGCUCUGGAAAGACGGCGCUAUUUGAAGAGAAGCGCAGGUUAGAGAUGCGUGUCAGCCAACUGGAGGAGGAGCUAGAAGAGGAACAGACCAAUGCUGAGCUUCUGUCAGAGAGACAAAGAAAGAUGGCACUGCAGGUGGAGACGCUGAACGUUCAGCUGCAAGGCGAGAGAACCCUGGCUCAGAAGGCAGAGGCGGCACGGGAGCAGUUGGAGCGGCACAACAAGGAUAUGAAGACACGACUGGAGGAACUGGAGGGAACCGUCCGAGGCAAACACAGGCUCAGCGUCGCCGCCCUAGAAGCCAAAAUUGAAUCAAUGGAGGAGCAGCUAGAACAAGAGCGACAGGAGCGCGCCAUGGCAAACAAACUUGUGAGGAAGACUGAGAAGAAACUAAAGGAGGUGUUGAUGCAGGCGGAAGAUGAGAGGAGGCACGCCGACCAAUACAGAGACCAGCUGGAUAAAUCCAUGGUUCGCUUGAGGCAGCUGAAACGUCAACUGGAAGAAGUAGAAGAGGAGAACUCGCGUUCAAACGCGCAGAAGAGAAAGCUGCAACGGGAACUAGAGGAGCUGACGGAAAACAGCCAGAGCAGGAUGCGCGAAAUCACCACCCUGCGCAACCAGCUCAGCGUCCCUGAACGGAGACAAGAGCAACGUGCUCCCUUGCCGCUAGCGAUGCGCGGACGUCGAGCCCUGGUGGACGACUACUCGUUGGACAACUCUGAUUCCGAAGAGCCGCCUGCCUCGCCUUCUUCGCUAAUUCCCCGAACCCCCACCCCGUCCUCGGAGCAGAACCUGGACCCUAAUCCGCCCCCCUACAGUGUCAACAACGUACAACAGUGAUGUACUACACACACACACGCACACACAAAACACUAGUUUAUUAUCUAAGUCAAUGAAUUGCUUUUUUUCCCUUCGACAAGUGCAAGGAAAUGAGAUUUAAAUGGAUGUUUUUUACCUUUAAAGGCGACGUUGUAACAUUCGAAAUGACAUUGUUUAAAAGUUAAGAUUCGAAAUAGCAAUAGACGUAAAUUUCAAUGCUUUGCUAACUUAUCUCCUAGUCGUAAUUUAAUAGUUUUUGGGGUUUUUUUACGAAGAUCUGUUCGUAGCAUCAAAUGUUCUGGCGGGUCCACGUAUGACCCACGAGCCACAGGUUGCGCAAACCUGAUGUUAAUUUGACCGGGAAAAAAAAUGCUGCGGCAAAAGUACUAAUUAGACAAUCUAGAUCUUUGAUUUAAAUUGUGAAUCUGAUGAUACGUUUUCAUAAUCCAAUGGAAUUUUUACAAGCGCAUCCACAAUUGUGCGUUUUGCUAACGCUUACAGGAAAUUAGCCAAACGGACCCACCGAUAAGUAGCGACGGCGAAAUGUGAGUAUUGUCGAAUGAUGACGUAGCUAGUGUAAUUUAUUCAACUAGAAACACAAAAAACAGUCAUUUGAAUUUAUAUAAUUUAUAUGAAGCUAAAUAUGGCAACGCUUGUUUUUAUUGUAUAAACUGAUCUGAGGUCUGAUACACUGGGGAGACAUUUUUCUAUCCAAAGCAGAACUUUUUUUUUUUUUUUAACAGGACGUCUUGCACAAUGUAGUCUUAAUAUUUACGUUCGACAUUCAAACUGUAAAUGAAAGCCGUCAUAUGGAUGAAAAAAGGGACUACAACGUGUAGAAUAGAGUAGAUUUGCCAUCAUCCAGCAUGAUGGAUGACUUGGAGAUAGAAAUAUUGUAGGUUUAGAUUUAAAAAAAAAAAAUAGAGGCUAAUAGUAGGAAAUAUAGUAGGUUUUUUACCCUGGCCGUUAACUUAAACUUUUAAGUGACAUUUUUAUGUAUGUUCAAGUGGCACAAUUGAAAUAUGCAUUGUAAUAAAUGCAUAGAAUUUUAAAAUAAAAAUGGAGACCAAAAGAAAUCAGUGGCUGUUAUUGAAGGGAAUAGGCGACCAAUCCAAAUUGGAUUGGACGUCUAUUGCCGUCAAUGGCAGUGAAUGAAAAAUGGUAAUGUUAGCUAUGCUAAAUCUACCAGAACGACAAGAUUAUGUUUUUCAGACUUUAGCCUUUAUACGUAAACUUUUGUCUCCAAUAAGUAAAAACAAAUGCUCUGUUGGGUUCCGAUCAGGUGGGCAUUCAAAAUAUCAGUUCUAAUUGAAACAGUUAUUAUAAUGGUUUAUUAAGACAAAAUGAUCAAAACUGUACUAGCCAAAUACGUUUGGACCUAUUUUUUUCCACAUUUUGUUUCUGCAAUAUGCAAAUGACUUGUGUUUUCAUGACGUUGUAUAAUGGCUGCACUUUGCACACGAGCGGUGGGUAUAUUUGUCCAUAUCAGCAUUGAGAUCACGUCAUCACGUGUGCAUUCACAACCACAAAAAAGGUGAAGUCAUGAACACAAUCAAGUUCUGUUUUUCCUCAGCCAGCUGCUUAAGUUUUUUUUUCUGGUUUUCCUCUCAUGGUUUGCUCACUGCUACUGUGCAACUUGAUACAUUUUUCUGUUUUAUUGUUUGUUUGUUAUUGAUGCUGUAUUAUAAAACACUGUCCGGGGUCCACUUUAAUAUAUGUUGUUGGUUUUCA